UACAAAAGCCAAUGCCUAAAAACUUAUCCAUCUCAUACUCACUCUCUCUUCUCUGAUCUCUAUUUCAAUGGAUACUCUGUCAAGUUCUGUUUCAACCCUCAAAGUCCCAACACUCCCACCUACAAAUCGUGAAUUCUAUCACUUUAAAAGAACUACCUAUGCAACCCCCAACUGUCCUCCAAAUCCACAACCCCAUGUCUCCUCCACUUCCUUACCCAACUUGGUUCCCAAAACCAAGACUUUCUCACACAAGUCUUCUACUUCUCUAGCAUUAGACACGUCACCUCUCAAACUCAAACCAUCUUCUCCAAUAUUCCAUCGAAAGCCUGCUACUGGUUAUGCAGCAGCAGUCAUAGAUGUGGCUCAAAGCAGCAAUUCCCUUCAUAUGGUUCAGAAGGAUGUUCAGAGUCUCUUGAAAUUCAUCCAACAUGUGACCUUUCAAUCAACUUUGGUUGACCCUUCAAUGGUUGAGGAGCUUAAAGGACAAGCCAUGAGGCACGUAGUAGAGCAAGGGAAUUUUCAUGGGCAUCUGGUUGGGUUGUUGAAGAUGCUGCUGAAGAAGAACAAGGUGGGAAUAGUUCAGGAAGUGUUGGAAGAAUUCGAGAGGAUUUACGAUGAGCUUUGUGGAACUCAAGUGGUAUUGGUUUCAUCUACGACAAAGAUGGGGGAAGAAGAACUGUUUGGGAUAGCCAAGAGCGUGCAGCAACUAAGUGGGGCAGUGAGAGUGAAGGUAAGGAAUUUGGUUCAAUCAAGUGAGCUUUGCUAUGUGAAGUGAAAAUCACCCUAAAAAAACACAAAUAUUGGUCAUAGUCUAUAUAUGUCAAGUACAGGAGAAGAGCUAUAAAUGUAACUUCAAAAUUCAAUCAAAGUUAUAACGAUCAAAGCUCUUACUUUAUUUGUUUUCAUGUAAUGGGUUUGGCUGUCAAUCAAAUCAUGACUUAUUUAGUUGCCAAA